AUGAUAGAUGAAUUGGGGCCCAUGAACAUAUUCACUACCCUGGAUGCAAGAGCUGCCUACUGGGUUGUUAUCAUUGGUGGGUCUGAAGCUGAACCUCCAAAGUGCCAGUUUGCCGCUUUGACUAUAGACUUCCUGGGUUUUACAAUAUCCCCAGAGGGUGUCUCGCCAAACCACGAGAGGGUGCUGGCUAUCUCCAAGACGCCACCACCAUGCACCCCUGACUUCACUCGGGAGUUCGAGCUUCAUACAGACACGUCCAGCAUAGCUUUAGGGGCAUGCCUGAUCCAGAGAGAUGAUCUUCAAAUCCCAUAUACCAUAGCUUAUUACAGCAGGAAAUUGCGUGAUCCCGAAUCUCGAUACCCUACAACUGACCUGGAAGCCCUAGCUGUUGUGGAAGGUGUUCGUGUAUUUGAUUCCUACCUCUACGGGCGCCACUUCAUAGUAUACACAGAUCACCGCCCACUUGUAUAUGUAUUCUCCAGAAAAAACAAAUCUCCUAGGAUGACUCGCUUUGCCCAUGACCUAUCCUUUUAUAAUUUCACCAUCCGCUACAAGGAAGGGCCUGCAAACUGUGUUCCUGAUUUGCUCUCUCGACAGGUUGCCAAGUUGACCAUUACUGAACUCUCCCCUGAAAAGCUGGCAGAAGAACAAGGAGCUGACCCUCAACUAGCUGAUAUUCGACGUUACUUAAUGGAUGGGACAGUGCCUAAGAAGAAACUACCAAUACCCUUGAGUGACUUUGAGAUGAAAGACGGAGUACUGUAUCGGUUGAAACACUUGUCAGACCGGAUUUGUUACCAGCUGGUGGUGCCUGAAAGCCUCAAGAACUCCUCUUGCAUCACAUCCAGGUGUACAUCGCUGUCUAUGGAUAUCAUGGAUUUUGGUCCCAAUGUACCGGUUCGCUGGGCUCUCUCCAUAUUAGACCAGCAUUCCCGCUACUUACAAAUUGUACCACUUUGGAGAGCCACUGCAGCAGCUGUCCAUCGAGCAUUCCUCGACCAUUGGGUCACCAUCUUCGGCCCACCAGAGUCAUUCAGACUGACAACGGAGUCCAGUUCACCAGCAAUCUAUUCAGGGAACUCACCAAGUUAA